UCCACGUUCGACCUCUCUUUGUUGUUGGAAGAGAAAAAGAAAGCUCCCUUUAUUACUUCUAUAUACAUAUAUUCUGUUCUUUGGGAGUAAAAGAUAGUUUCCCGCCGGGAAGAAGGUGAAAUGAGAAUAGGGAGGGCCUAGGAGUUAGGACUGUCCGGAAAUGGAGAAGUGCAAGGAGGGGCGAAAGCUGAUGAAAGAGACGGUAAUAAGUGAUAGUACCUUUGAUGAUCUCCAUUCGUAUUCCGACGACGACGGCGAGAACCGUUUUCAACCCGAUAACCUUGACGACGAUGAAACAACGCACCAUUUGGAAUAUUCAGAGCAGAUAUGCUCCUCCAGUGUUAAGAAGAGGAGACUGACGCAGACGAAUCUAUUCCAGUUGUGGGGCCUUGAGAAUCCUGCUGACCAUGGCAAGAGCAAGAACGUCACGCAGACGAAUCUAUUCCAGCUGUGGGGCUUUGAGAAUCCUGGAAAGAGCAAGAGCGUCCAAAAGGCCACUACUUCUCUUGCUUCCUGCAAAAGCCAACGCGUUUGCCCCUUCUAUAAGAGGAUUCCGGGAACGCCCUUCACUGUUGAUGCAUUUCGCUAUGGUCCAGUCAAAGGCUGCUCUGCCUAUUUCCUUAGUCAUUUCCAUGCCGAUCAUUAUAUUGGCUUGACGAAAGUAUGGUCACAUGGCCAUAUCUACUGUACCAACCUGACUGCUCGCCUAGUUAGAAUCUGUCUUAAUGUUAGUCCAUCUUUUAUCUGUCCUCUGGAAUUAGGUACUGAAUACGACCUUAAAGGAAUCAAAGUUACUAUGCUUGAUGCUAAUCACUGUCCUGGUGCUGCUCUCAUUCACUUCCGUCUCCCAAAUGGACAAUGUUACUUGCACACUGGAGACUUUAGGGCUUCGAAGCUGAUGCAAUCAUAUCCACUUCUUGCAAGCCAACGUAUUAAUAUACUUUACCUUGACACAACAUAUUGCAAUCCAAAGUACAGGUUUCCUUCCAAAGAAGAAGUUUUGAAAUUUGUUGUGGGCGUCACGAGAACAUAUUUGAAUAAUUAUCCAAAAACCAUCGUGGUUGUUGGUGCAUACAGCAUUGGAAAAGAACAUGUGUAUUUUGCAAUUUCCAAGGCACUCAGGGUAAAAAUAUAUGCAAAUGCUUCCAGGAGGCGCAUUCUUCAGUCUUUUGGCUGGGCAGGAAUUUCUGAAAAUCUGUCAACAAACAGGAAAGAUACACCUUUACACAUAUUGCCUAUAUCAUCCUUGAAAUUUGAGAUGCUGGAGCGUUAUUUGGCAUCACAAGACGGACAGUACACUAGCAUGUUGGCAUUCCGACCAACAGGUUGGACUUACUCAGAGACCAUUGGGGAGAAUCUAAAUUUAAUAAAACCCACUUCUAAAGGCAACAUCACUAUUUAUGGAGUUCCAUAUAGUGAGCAUUCUAGUUUCACAGAGCUGCAGGAAUUUGUGCAGUUUCUGAGGCCAGAAAAGAUAAUUCCUACUGUCAAUGUUGGAAAUGCUGUAAAUCGUGAGAAGAUGCACUCGUACUUUCAGCAGUGGCUGAAAUCCUGAAAGAGGAGCUGUUCUUUAGGCGAUUAGGAAGUGUAUUAGCUAGGUUAUUGAAAUGGGAAUAAUGUUACCGGCUGGGCAACAAAGGUGUUGUUCUGAGGUUGGAAAUAGACAGUAGUGGCCCACUGUGAAUGGACACACUGUCCGCUGCUCCUCUUAUAUUAUAUGGUGUUGUUGAGUGUUUUAAAAUUCCUCUAUCAACAUCUUGAAACGGCAAUAUGGUAUUAAUUUUUCAGCAGUGGUGGAUUUCCUGCACAUCAAAAUUACAGAAUGCGUCUGUUGCUAGAGCAUCAUGAAUAAUCAAUUGAGCGAUCCUAAAUCCGAAUUUAUCAGGAUGGUCAUUUUUAUGUCUAAAAGUUUCAUGUAUGUAUAUUGCUGUUAAUCA